UUGUUAUCUCCCUUUCAUCGUACAGUUUUUGCAGACGAAGUUUUUUCCAAAAAUAAUUUAGAAAUAAUCAUGACAGAGACUGGAGAAUUACAAAAUGCCUACAUUGGAGCUGACAUAUUUUGUGAAUUUCUGGAGGUGGCAAUGCACUGUAUACUUUAUACCAGAGAACUUUACCCUGCUGGAGUGUUUGAAAAGAAAAAGAAAUUCAAUGUUCCUGUCAAAAUCUGUGUCCAUCCAGAUGUUUUGUCAUAUGUUACCAACACUGUUGAUAGCAUUCGUCUGUUGCUAAAAGAAAAUGGUGUUUUUAAGGUGACAGUUGUAGUUGUUACACCUGACCACAAGCCUGCUGAGAGAUUUGUUUUUGAAGUGGCCAAACCAACACAAAAUAUAGGCAAUGAUAAAUAUUUGUAUCGUCUAGAAGAAUCAUUGAGAGCAUUCCUGUUAAAACUCAGUGUGACAGAGUCUUUAUUAAAACCUUUACCUGAAGACUGUACGUGGACUGUACAAGUGUAUACUAAAGAGUCAGCUGCUUUAGCCAUUGAACAAAAACAACAUAUUAAGGAUUUUCCAUGGAUUCUGGCAGAUGAAAGGGAGACAACUAUGGAAGAUCCUAAAAUGAUUCCAUUAAAGGCUGUUAAUUCAGAUUACUUGCAGAUGCAGCUAUAUGCAGAAGAAAACUCAAUAAAAUAAAGCAGAAGUCAUACAAAAUUGUAAACAAUACAGUACUUUGACUAUGUGUGAAAACCAUAUACAUACUGUAUAGCUGCGUUAGUAGGCGUCACUAAUUCAGUGGUUUGAUAACUCUGUGAUUAUGAAAGUGUAAACUUUCAGUGAUAUAUAAUUUUCAUCAAGCAUUGAUAUGUAUUCCAAAUACUUGAAAAAGCUCAAAUUUGCACUCCAGCAAAUUUGUUUUUGUUGAACUAUGUUGAUCAUGGCAAUGUCAGACAUUCGUUGUGGAGAAACUGAUUCUGUGAUGGUGGUUGACAAACUCUUAAAUAAAGACUUCAUUAUCAUUGAAA